CCCGGCAUGGACGCGCCCGGCCAGCGGCCCGCCAGCCCCCGAGCCGGCCCGGAGGGCGCGGCGGCGGAGCGGGACCCGAGCACAAACGCGAGCCCGAACCCCGGCCCGGAGGCGCCCAUCGAGGAGGAGAGGGAGGCGGCGUACGUGGAGAUCCGCGGCUCGCCGCAGGGGCCGGAGGAGAGCCGCCAGAAGCCCGAGCUGGCCCCGGCCGGCGGCGCUGAGGGAGCGUCCGGUCCCGCACCGGACAGCGGAGCCGGUGGGACCGGGGAUGGCGACUCGGCGAGCGGUGGACCCCCGGGGGAAAAAGCGGAGCCAGCAUCCUUGGACCACGGGCGGGAUCGCCCUCCUUCCCCGGCGGCGGCGGAAUGCGGCGCUGACACCGGCCCCGGCUCCGUGGGAGCGGCGCGGAGCGGCGGGACGCCGGAGGCGGGGGGCUGCCCGGAGUCCUCCUCCUCCUCCUGCCCUUCUCCCGUGACCAAGGCGGACGACUUUCCCGCAAUGGGCGACCCGGUGUCGACGGAGGGCAAAACCUCCUCGUCGUCCUUCGGCUACGAGAGCGAAGUGGAGGAUGAGGUCGCGGGGCGCAAGGCGACUCCCCCCGGCGCCCCCCCGGGCACCCCUCCCGGCGGCGGCCGCGACGAGGCGCACUAUAUCAGCACGCAGGAGAUCCAACUCAGCGAGGUGGACCACGACAUGGACUUCGACGCGGGGCUGGCCGCCCGCUGGGACUUCGAGGAUAACAACGUGAUCUACUCCUUCGUUGACUACGCCUCCUUCGGGAGCGACGAGACCCCGGGAGACACGCUGACGGAGGAGGAGGAGAAUAGCUGCUACCUUAGCACGACCACCAGCGACCCCAACAACCAGACGGACAGCAUCGACAACACCAGCAGCACCGAGAUCGUCAGCCUUACCUCCGAACACGACACCCCCGGCGGGGACAAGCGCGCCAGCUCGGGGGAAAGCCGGUCCAAGCAGCCCGGCCGCCCCGGCGGGAGCCCGGGCGCCCAGCUUCUCCUAUCAAUCAAAGCCGCUUCCCGGGCUAUAAAUGAGUCUAGCAACGUGCACGGAAAGCAAAACACUGUUUACGCUGCCAAGCAUGAAGGCGACAUGAGUCUCCGUGUCGCCGCGGCUCCCGACCGCAGUGCGAGUUUAAAACAGGAUGCGGUCCGCGACCACGCGAAAAAGUUCAUCGCGGUGCCGGCGCGGCUGCAGACGCGGUGCGGGGCCGCCAGGGCCGGGGAGCACUCGAGCGGCGCCUCCAGCGCCGUCAGCGAGCUGGACGAUGCCGACAAAGAGGUGCGAAACCUUACGGCCAGGGCUUUCCGCAGCCUGGCGUACCCCUAUUUCGACACCCUGCGCCCCGGCUCCCGCGCCUCCUCCGCCUCCCUGUCCGACAAUGCCCUGGGCAUCAACCGCUGGUCCACCUACCUGGACCUCAAGUGCGGCAGCCUGGGGCCGAGAGCCGAGCCCAGCCUGCUGCGCUCCGGCCGCUCGCAGACCAAAGCCCUCGAGUUCGUGGUCAGCAAGCUCGACGGGGAGAUCGCCCACGUGGAAACGCCGCGGCGGCUGCGGGCGGGCUCCCGGGUGGUGACCCUGCUGGACCUCGGCGAUGCCGCCGAGGCCGGGGAGCCGCCGACGGCGGAGGGCGGCGGGAAGGGGUCCAGCAAGAAGUCCAGGUUCGCCUCCAGCCUCCUCAAAAACGUCAUCUCCAAGAAGAUGCAGCUGGAGCACGAGUUCAAGAUGGAGCGGGGCGAGAUCACCGACACCUCCUACACCGGGCCGGGCGCGGGCCGGGAGCCUGAACCCACCGGCGGCAGCGCCGGCCGGGAGCGGCAUCGGGAGGCUGGCGUGCAGCGGCAGAACUCCCGGCACUCGGAGGGCGGCUCGGACUGCACCGCGGCGCCGGCGGAGGAUGCGGGCGAGGGCGGCGGGGGCCGCUCCCCGGCCUCCAAGGCGUCGACGCCCCGCGAGGGGAACCGCAGCCUGGACCGGGCGCUGUCGGAGGAGCUGUGCGAGGUAAAGCGCAGCGCCUCGGAGGCCAUCAAGGCCACCUUCCUCCGCAGCCAGAACAGCGCCUUCAGGUCCUGGAAGGAGCGGGAGGCGGAAAGGAAGGAGGAGAGGGCGCCGGUCGGUAAGCUGAAACUUUCUCCCAAGAACGACUGGCGAGCCGACCUGGGCGAGAUCUCUGCCGGCAAGUCCACCAAGAUGUCCCGCCUGUUCGUCCCCGCCAUUCAGCACACCCCUCGGGAGAAGGAUCCCGGCAAAAGGGCGACCAAGUGCUCCGCCGCGGCCGCCGCCGUGUCCUCGGCCGCCGCCGCCGCCUCCUCGCCCCCCGCCGCCAAGCCCAAAGCCCCCGAGAUCAAGAUCAGCCUGGGCAGCCUGCAGCAGCCCCGGGACGCCGCUUUCAGCAUCGCCCAGCUGCUGACGCCGCAGAUCGCAGGCCGACCGCCGGAGGAGGGCAGGGGGCAGCCGCUCAAGCCUCUCAAGGCCGGCGACGGCCCCGACAAAGUGCCACAGUUCCUGGUGCGCGACGUGAGGGACAGCAAGUACAGAGCCCAGGGGAUCCUCCACCAGGUGCGGGACGUGCGUAAGCUCAUCAAAAGCUCCUACAGCGCUGACUCGGGAGAUAACAGCAGCGACAAGGGCAGCGGCGCCUCCGAGCAAGGCGGCCCGGAGCAGAAGCCCCGGCAGCAGCUGGUCAUCGCCGGUGUCCCCCGGUCGCUCUCCCCCGUGGUCAUCACCUGCCAGGCGGUCGGCCACACCGGCACCAAGCCCACCGAGGCGGGGGCCAAGGCGGCGGGCAGGGCGCCCGCCUGCCCCCCGGAGGGCACCGUGCUGGUGCACCGCACCUCGGGCAGGCUGCCAGUAGCCACCAUCGCCCCCAACAAGAGCGAUGCUCGCCAGCCGGCUGUGCUCAAGAUCGUUUCCAAAUCCUCCGCGCCCUGGCGGCACCAGCCGCCGCCGCCGCCGCCCCCCGAGAGGGGCCGGGGACCGGAGGAGGACCCGAGGGAGGAGAGCAAGGCAGCGCCGGUGCAGAACGCGCUGGAGAAACUGACGGCGGCAGUGCGGAGCAUGGAGGAGCUCUACAGCUUCAACAAGCGCGAGUGGAAGCGCAAGAGCGACCCUCUGCCCAUCACCGACAGCCACGUCCUCUCCCUUAUCGCCAGCCAGGAGCGGGGCGCCGGCUCCCGACCCGCCGCCGCCGCCGCUGCCGCUCCGCCCCCGCCGCCGGACAAGGCGGAGGAGCCGUCGGGCAAGGGCCCGAGCAGCGAGCGGCUGCCCCGCCGCCCCUCCAACAGCGCCGCCGACAAGGUCUCGGCCAAGGCGGCCGCCUUCGAGAGCCUGGCCCGGCAGCGGCAGCGCGGCCCGCCGCCGCCCCGCGCCGAGCCCCCCGCCGCGCCCGGGCGGCGGCGGCGGCGAUGCGGAACGCGGCCCCGACUGCGGGAACUAUCUGUCCCUGCCGCUGAAGGCGGCCACCGAGCCCGACUCCCCGCCGUCCGCGGGGGCGGCGGAGGGCGGCGGCGUCCGCCCCAGCCCGGUGUCGGCAUCGGCGGCGGCGGCGGCGCUGUGCAGCCUGCAGCCCUUCGGCACGGCCAAGCCCGCCGGCAGCCCCAGACAGGUCCGCCCGCCGCCCUGUACCGCCCGCCGCUGCCCUUCGCCGCCCUGCCCGGCGCCGCGCCGCCGCCGCUGCUCUGCUUCUCGCCCUCCGUGCCCGCCGCGGCCACAGCGACCGAGCCCUUCCCGCAGACGCAGCGCAAGGUGCUGCUGGACGUGAGCACCGGGCAGUACUACCUGGUGGACACGCCUGUGCAGCAGCCCCUCAAGCGGCGCCUCUUCGACCCCGAGACCGGGCAGUACGUGGAGGUGCCGGUGCCCCAGCAGCCGGCCGUGGCUCCCGUCCCGCUGCCUCUCUCGCCCCUUGCUCUCAACGCCGGUGCCUAUGGCACCACGUACAUGCUCUACCCCGGGCUCCUGCCCGCCGCCACCGUGCUGCCCGCCGGCGCCCUGCAGCGCCCGCUGUCCCACUCGGGCAGCGACGGCAGCGCCCCGGCAGAGCCUGGCAGCCCCGCCGCGCCAGAGGCAGCUUUUGCCGAGAGCCCCUACUACGUGGCUACCAGCAAGGGGCCGCCGCCGCCGCGGCACGGGGCAGCCGAGGCCAAGCCGGUCAUCAGCAUCACAGCGCCGGCCACCGGCCCGCGGAUCGUCGCGCCGCCCUCCUUCGACGGCACCACCAUGCGCUUCGUGGUGGAGCACCGGUGAAGAGCGCGGGGAUAAGGAAGAAGAAUUGUGCUUCUUUAAUUUGAAAUACACCUGGUAACUCUUCAACAUUAAUCCUAAAAACUGCUUCUACAGUUUUCUCAAUUUUUUUUGCUUCAUCAUACAAAACAAGCAUAACCCGAUCUCUGGGCUUGAGUCAAGCCGGACCCAGCAGAUAAUGCCACAAAAGGUCACCAGAAAAAAGCUCUGGUAAUAUGGUGCUCCUCCCUGUAUACGAGUGGUGAAUUUCUCCAGUGCAUGGGGUGAUGUGUAACCACGUAUCUUGGAUUAGAGUCAAACCCUCCAUGUCAGGGCUCACAAGCUGCUAGUAUUAUAUGUUUCACGGUGCAGUCAUAGUAUGUUACAGCUGAAAUUCACCCCAUGUGCAAAGCAGGGCAAAAUCCUGUGCACCACUCAAGUUCCCUCCCGCUCCUGCUCUCAGCCUUUUGAGGGCUGCGCCAGCCUACUGUCCAUGCAUUUUAGGUCAGGAUCCAGUUAAAAGUUUGAGGGGAACUGGAGUGAUGCACCAGGAUGUUGUUCUGGUCUUUUGCAACAGGGUUGGUUUCACUCAGUAUCAAAUUCAGCCCUUGGUGAAUCAACUGGUGAAUGAUUUGAAAUGUAUUUAUGGGUUGUGUGGGGUGUUUUUCCCCCUUGUCUGUAUUCAGUGCUACCUUGAUUCUUUAGUGUUGAUGGCCAAAGUGUCAUUCCUUAUGCUUAUAUAUUGCCAUUAACUUGUGGCUACCUGAGAACACAUACUUCAAAAAUGCUUGUGCUUUUUUUCACCUAUUUCUUUUUUUUUUGUAUUUCUUCUUUUUUCCCCCCUCCCCGCCCCUUUAUUUUUCCUCUCAUUUUUAAAGGGGUGGUAAGUUUUCAGUGUAAAGCUAUUUAAAAGUGCAAGUGUGAAGUAAGGAUAAUGAUUGUUAAGAGGAUGUGGGUGGUAUGUCUGAUGAGAGAGGGGUGGGCUGCAAGGCAAAGGGGAAAACGCCGUGAACGCAUCGUGUUGAUGAUUGUUGCCUGUGGAGGAAGAGUUAAGAAACAGAAGAUGUCUAACUGGAGAGAAAUGGACUCUUUGAGCUGCUCUCAAUGGAGACAACACUGUGGCAAGUGUGUAGCUGAAAUCCAGAGUGAUCCCACUGCAGGGUGCCGCGGGCCUGGGAUUGAAGGACGCGGCGUCGCUCUGGGAAUUGCGGUGGGAGCACUUCGGAGCGUCACAGCCACGUGAGAACAGAGUGUCUGGAACUGCCAAGUACCAAAGUUUGUAACUGAAUGAGUUGGCAUUUGUAUUAUGUUGGGGUUUGUUUUUGUUUUUGUUUUUUUCUCUUGAAUGUUAUGAUAAAUAAAAUGUAUUUUUCAGUAAAAGACACACUGCAAGU